CAAACGCCUACUCAUUUCCACAAUUCCACAUGCUCCAGACAUUUAUCCAGUGUCUGAGCUUUUCCAGAAAGAAGAGAACCGAGAAAUCAGAUACCAGCUAGAAGGAGAAGACAACUUCUUGGAUUUCGAAGCUCUCUUGAUAAGGCGAGACGACUGAGUUCAGUCCAUAGAUAUCCCCGACCAGUAAGGCGAAAAGAGAUCAAAUCUGGAAGUGAAGCUAGCACCGUGUAGUCGCCCACCGAGAAGGAGAAGACCAGUUCUUGGACUUGGAAGCCCUCUCGAGAAGGAGACUAAGGAGAAAAAGUAUUCCAGAACGUACAUCUUCAUUUACCUAGCUCGCCGUUGUGUCUCUUUGAAACAGGUAGUUUUUGAAAUUGUCUCAUAUUUUCUUCCACUUGAACCGGAACAAGUAGUUGUCGAAUUGAUUUGGCAUUGAAUUGAAAUGGGUAGGGGUUUGUAGUAAUUUAGAAAAAGGGAUGGAUUGAAGUCAAUCUCUUCAUGUGAAGUAUAAAAGAAAAUUCCCUACUUCGUUUAUCUUUAUCAGCCAAUCCAGUAGUUGCUUCAUGAACCUAAUGUUAAAUUGUGAUUAAAGAAAAAAUAUGGAUGGUUGAACCCGGUAUAAAGGGCAACAAAACAGGGAUAGUUUUAGCUACGAUUCUCUGUUGUCAAUGGAAAAAUAUUGCCAGAAAGUUUGCUUACAUCUGAUUGUGGGUAUUGUUCCUAGUCAAGAGCUGAUUUAGCACUUAAUGCAGAUAACCACAUUAUAGUCCUCAUUUGUAAAUUCAGCAGCAAUAUUUGCAUCUAUAGAACUCUCGCUCGUCCCAGUCUUCUAAGAUGCUUUCAGGAUCAAUUCAGUCCAUAAGAACUGCCUUCCCAAUUUGCUUAUUUAAAUGUUAUAUGUAAACCCUUUCACCUGAUAUAUACAGUCAUGGGUUGCAAUGUGCAAGUUCCCCGACAAUAAAAGAUGCAACAGGUGGUGAAACCAUGCCAUGAUGCUCUCUGGAAUUAAGGCCAGAAUACUCUGAACUGCACUUUUCACAAAUUGAUGGUUCUAAACUGUUAUUUCCCUUUAAAGAAAAAUAAAAACUAACUUCCAAGGCAAUGUUUUGAGAAGUGUUGCUUAUUCUCAUAUUCCCUUUUUUUAUUCUUUAAUUUAUUUGUCAUUUAGUGUAAAGAGUGGAACCGAUGGAUGAAGUUCAAGUGCGAGUGCGAGUAGGGUUGUAAACAAAUCAAAUAAUUUGUACUCGAUUCGCGAUUCGAAUUCAUAUAAGACGAUUCGAAUUCGCAAAAUUCAAAUUCAAAUACAAAUAAUAAUAUUAAAUUUGAUUCGAGUUGUUAUCAAAUACAAAUAAGAAUAUCAGUGUAUUCGAUUUGAAUAUUAAUCAAAUAUAUUCGAUUAAUAGUAGUGGUAAUAUUAAUAUCAACAUUAAUAAUAAUAAUAAUAAUAGUAGUAGUAGUAAUAAUAACACUAUAAUAACUUUUCAAAGAUAGCAAUAUUCUUAAUGUGUAGCCCAUAUAUACAUUUUUGCAUAUAGAUUUGAAGCCUAUUUGUAAUAAAUCAGAAUAUAAAUAUGAAUACAAAUCAAUUUUUUGGUUCAAAUGUCUUUCAAAUAUAAUACAAAUAAUUAUGUAUUUGAUUUGAAGAAUAAAUUUAGAGUUGUUUGACUUUGAUAUAUACAAUUGUCAACUUAUUUCACACAUUAUAAGUAUAAUUUCUAAUAUGUGUGUUAGGGUUUAUUUCAAAAGAUUUGAAAUAAAUUUAUAUUUAUUAAUCAUAAAAUUAAUUCACUUUAGUAUAUUGUGCACCAUCUAAAAGUACAUUGAUCCAUUAAAUUUAAAUUCUAAGAACACAUAUUAAGUCAUAGCAUGCAUUUACAACAUAAACAAUACGGAGUAUAAGAAAAGUUAUUUUAAAGUGAUACUCCGUAUUUGACUAAUAUUUAACCUAUGCUCAAAUCGAUUCGAUAUUCGUAUAUAAUUCGUUAACUAUUCGUAUUGUUAAACAAAUACAAAUACAAAUCGAAAUUAAUAUUCGUUUCAUAUUUGAAUUCGAAUUCGUAUUCGAAAAAAAUUAAACAAAUACAAAUACAAAAUCUCACUAUUCGACUCAAUUCGGUUCGUAUACAACCCUAAGUGCGAGUAGUUAUUUUUGCAAAUGGGAAAAAUUGCCAAAAAGUCCAACUCUAAUGUUUGAAUUUAUGGGACACCGGUGAAACAUCCUCCAUAUAUAUUCAUAAAUAAUCAGUGGUUAAAAUGUGGGAAACACUUUAUACUUUCUACUUUGUUAUCAGCAUACUAUAGCAUCUUAGCAAAACUAUGGUUUCUAAUGAUUUUCUGUGAUGAUUAAUUAUGUCUUGCUUUUAAAUUCCAUAUCGUCCAUGUUUAUAUGUGAUUGGUGGACAUCCCUUUACAGUCUUCUCUGUGAUUACUUCUUUGGAUGUUUACGACUAUGCCUCUGCAAUGGAUUUAUACUAUAUACGUUUUUUGAUGUUGGGCAUUAAUGCAGGGGGAUGAUUUGUAUUUGACAGAAAGAAUUUCGUAAAGCCUUGGACCUUUUUAUUUAAGUUUUGGUCAAGCAGGAAGAGAAAUAUGUAAUUUUUCCCUUUCUGGUAGUAUGAUUGAAGUUAAAAGCAAUUUAUUUUGUUUACCAUCUUUUACUAUGCUUUUAGGUAGUCAGAUCACCAAUGUCCACUUUAAAUGCUCUAGCAGUUGAGGCAUACAAGGACAUUCUAGUUUCACUUAUCAAGAUUGGGCAGGUCUAUUUUGCUACAUGUUACACCAUUCUUUAACUGCUAUCAUUCUUUUGGGUGUGGUGGCAGUUCAGACUUGUAGCAGCCACACUGGCCAUCAUUCUUACCCUGCUUUGUCCCUUUCACAUGCCCUCCAAAAUACUCUGCACUUUGAAUAGAGUUCGAAGAUCAUACUGAGUAAUUCAGAGCAGUAAUAUAAAAUUGAUUUUAUAGAUGGACCAAAAAUCACAUGCUCAUUCAACUUGACUGAGAAAAACAAUGGCUUCAAAAUGGGAAGAGAAUCUCCUUCGGCUUCCCCACUCAAUAAAUUGAACUAAAGCAAAAUUGAUAAACACGUACUCUAUAAAAUUUAACUACGUACUUGAGAAAACUGAAAUACGAGCAGGUCCGCGUGAGAGGUCCGCGUGAGAGGUCCGCGUUCUGCGUUUUGGGCGAUCAUUAAUGAGAGGUUAACGUUCUGGCCCUCACUUAACGAUAGUUAUGUAGAGUGAGGGUAGUUUAGAUGAUUGAGAUAUUUUUAUUUAUUAUUAUUUAAUUAAGUGGCUGUGUUUAGUAAAAAAUGGGUUGUGAAUAGAAUUACCCUUAUAAAUAAUUUCGUAUUAAGACUUUCCUGGGGACUGAGGGACUGCUAUGGUAUGCUCGCAAGCGCGGGAGUGCCCCUCAUUUGCAACCUCGGCUAUCAGACUUCAAGAUCACCCCUUACGCCUUCUGCGUUGCUUCGCUUCCAAUAAUUUGAAGAGAAAUUAAGACCCCAACGGACCGGAGAUGGUCAAGAAAGAAGAUUCGGUUGUCCUGCUAAAGCUUCUCAAACUCGGAGAGGUCGAAGGCAAGUCGUUUGAAUCGAUUGUCGAAGAAGAGUUCAGAUCAGAAUUCGAACUCAUUCGUUAUCACAAAGCAUGUUAUACUCUCGCUUCAAUCCUUGAGCUCAAAGUACUUAAUCCCUCCAAGCGGUUAGUUGCCUUUGCAAUUAUUCGUCAAGCAUUUUCUUACCCAAAGUUCUCUUCAAAUCCCUUCAUGCCGUUUCUUAUCAAUGCCGCUUGUGAUGAGGAGGCUGAUAAAUGUGAAAGGGCUUUUAUUCUUCAUUUGCUGGGAUGCGCAACUAUAAAGGAGCAAUCAUACCUGCAAGCUGCUACAUCAUCUUUAACAACAUAUGUUUUAAAGAAGUCUUUUCAAGAAUUUAUGAGAAGUUGCGAUCCUUCAAAAUAUGAUUUUCCAACAAUUGAAGGUUUGCGAAAAAAGCUUAAGGUUAAUGAUUCACCAGAAAGGUUUAGCUCCCUGUUUGAUAAAAACUCUGAGAAACGUAAUUCCAGACCCUGAUGUGCCUACUGGCUGUGAUAGCGAUUCAGCAGAGUUUGACUUGAAACCUAAAAUUGGAUGCGGGAAUGUUGACAAAGCGAUAAUUGGAUUAAUAUCAAAUAUGUCUCUAAAAGGGUUACAGCCUCAAUGGAAAAGGCCUUUCCCUCCUAGGCUUCCAGUACUCGAUAAUGAUUGUGGUUAAAUCCUGACGAUAAAGAUCAUCAUCUUCUUUGGGAUCAUGGAAUGUGUGGUGUGGAGUUAGUUGCAAAAGCUUUUAAGAGCCCGCUUAAUCCUUCUGAGCAAAAGCAAAUUCUGAUGGACUUGGAGAAGAACCCAAUGCUUGUGUAUCAUUGUGGUCUGACACCAAUAACAUUGGUGGAGCUUGUAGAGAAAAAUCCUUUGAUUGCAGUUAAAGCUCUUGUAAAGUUGGUGAAUUCCCCUGUGAUUGCCAACUACUUUACUGCUCUUGUUGACAACGAAAUGAGUCCACACUCGAUGGCAGUAGUUUACAAUCUCACACAAGCGGACAAUGUCAAACUGCCCACUGAAUUCAUACGUUCGUGCAUCACUAAGAGUAUCUCAUCGUGUAAGAACAUCAAGGACGACGAGUUCAGUCAGGAGAGACGAGCAAGGCUUGUCUGUGUCUUCAUUCAGAACUUGAUCCAGAAGGACAAUUCUAUUGUUGGGAAGUACUGUGCUCAUAGUCAGUUUUACACAUGAUUGAACUAACUUGUUUAUUUUCCUUCUUCUUUUACCCUCUGGUUGAAAUAGUCACAAAUAUUUUCCUUCUUUGUUCAAAAGAAUACUCAUCGAGGUUUCUUAUUUUUCUUCUAUUAAAGAAUUUUCAUACUCAUAUACUGACAUACUCUAUUAGAUAUAGGAAUGUUAUACCAACUCGAGUAACAUAUGUGUGGUUAAAUAGUAGAGAUAUUGCAGUCAUGGUUUAUGAAAUGCAGUUUUGGGCUUUAAAGUAAAUAAAUGCCGUGAUGUUUAAUUACUUUUGCAGGUAGAGAACUCUUGAAUGAAGUCCGAUCAUUUUGUAUGCAGUUCUCAUGGACUAGUGAGGCUGAUAAGCUCUUGCAGUUGCUUGGAAGUUGGAACAUUGCGGAAUAAUAAUAAUAAUCCUGCACGCAGAGAUCAGCCAAGGCAAAGGAGAAUAAGAAAAUAAAAACUCUUAGGUAGCUUAUGUAAAUCGAUCAUUGUCUUCCUGGCUUCGUGCCAGGUCACGUAGAUAAUACAAUACCAACACAAGUUCAUGAAUCUGAUCUGAUUUUUGCUCUGAUUAGCUCAUGAGAUUUUGUUCCAUUUUAGCUUGAUUAAAUCAUCUCAACGGGUAUUGCAUCAUCAUAUCUUAAUGAAAGAG